AUGCUCGGGCAAGAACGAUUCGAACUGGAACCAGAGACGAUCUUUGUGCUGGGCAUGCGUCUGAGUGUGACGAAAAAUGAUAUUCUCAUGUUCUUUAGUUCCGUGGGAAUGAUCGCUGUCGACCAUGCGAGUAAACCAAGGAUUUUUGUGUACAAAAAUAAGCAAAAUGGACGAUCAAAGGGUGAGGCCACCAUUACAUAUAUAAGUCCGUUCAUGGCGGAAAUGGCCAUUAGAUGCCUGAAUGGCAGCAAAUUUAAGGACGAAACUAUAACGGUUUUACCGGCAUAUCUAUCAACGCGCAAGGGUCGUGGCAUCCGCUAUAGAUAUCCUCGAGAGUUCUCUCCAUCGAACAAUCGGGAACACCAACAGGAUCGGCAGCAGCAGAAUCGUCAACGUCGACCCCGUAAAUGGAGACCGGCUCGUGACGAUAGGUAUUGCAUGUCCUGCCGCAACAGCAAUUUUGUUUGGCGCUCCAAUUGCAAUCGUUGCAAGGCCAGCAAAUCGGAGUAUGCAGCCGAACCCCUUUUCAGUGGUUCACCAUUUUUCAUGAGGGUGGCUCGCCGUUGGCGCAUUCAUAAGACCGACUGGGAAUGCUGCUACUGUUUCAAUAAGAAUUUCUGGUAUCGUCAGAGAUGUACUCGUUGUCAUGCUGCCAAGGCUGUUGAUACGCCAAAACCCGUCACCCCACCCCGAUCGGACAAAUUGGAAUUGAAGCUUGGCAGUGAUUAG